GAAUUGGUUUCCAAUUUGCACAGCACACACACCUUUACAUCUCCUCGCUACAACGCUGUCAUUAGGUGACUCGGACUGCUCGUGCCGCAGCUAGUUACUGUCUGAUCUCAGGGUCUUUCUGUUUUCGGCAGACUGGCCAAGGACUUUCAUUUUACAAACCAUCCAUACCAAACCACUACUAGACUCCGACUCGAUCGAUCCAAUACUCACUUUCACUCGUCAGACCUCGACUAUGUAUCCUAGCUUAUGACUUCGACACUUGUCCUGAUCACCAAGAAACUGACCUAAUCAUCCCUACGGGACAUUCCCACGAUGUCCGACUCCAAACCUUCAACCCCCAAACCGUCCACGUCCGCCCCGAGAGCCAAACCACGCGCCGGCGUUCAGCGCAAAUCCAAGGCCGAGCGUGAGGCCUUCGCCAAAGAGGAAGCCGAGCGUCAGAAAGCCCGACUCGCUGAGGCCGAGAAAAAUGCAGCCAUACGCGGCGCACGUGGUGGCGGCCGCGGUGGUCGCGGUGGGCGUGGCGGCGCAUCUUCAACAGGACCGAACAAUGAGAGGGCCCGUGAAUUAGCUCUCGGCGGAGGUAGUGUCUUCGGCGCAGGCAGCGGGGCGAGACUUCAGGGGAGGUCGAGAGUGCUGCCAGAGGGGUACUCUGAGAUGCUGGAGGGCCAACAAGCAAUCAGACCCGACGAUCCUUCUUACACGGAAGGUCCUGCUGGUGGCGGCGGUGGUGGUGGGGGAGGGGGAGGAGGGGGAGGAGGAGGUGGUGGUGGUAGUAGGGGAAUAGGAGCGAGCAGGAAGACGGACGUCGUAGACAUACCCUCGGACGACGAACCAGACGUGCCGAAGCGAGAUAUCGAACUGAUCGACCUAUCAAGCGACCAGUAUUCGGAUGAAGAUAUUGUUUUGUCAUCAAAAAAGAAGGGCAAGCAGAAAGUCCGAGAAAAGACCUCAAAACCAGGACAGGGUUUGCGACCCGUCCGAGCCCCUCGCGCACCCAGGCCUGAAGAGCGGGACAGACAAGAUGCAAACAAGAAGAGUCGUAUCGUGAAGAAAGCGGACCCAGAAGUCCAAGACCUAGACGGCGAGAGUGCGGAUGCAAUGGUCACGGACGACCCGGUGUUCGUCAAGGAGCAGCCAUCUAGCCCUGAGUUGCGGAGACGAGGACUCAAGAAGCCCGGCGUGCGCGCGAAGGAGGGCAAAUUCGCGACGGAGACCAUCGAAGAGCGUGCAGAGCGUUUACGUGAGGCGGACGACGUGCACAAAUUACGGGAUGUUUUUGCGCAGGUCGGGAUCAAGCAGCCUGCUACGAACGGCGAGGAUGACGAUGACGAGGAGCCGGAUAUGCAGGGCAAGAUGUUCCUGUUCCAAUUGCCACCAUUGACCCCGUUCUUGGUCGAUCCAGCAACGAUCAAGGGCGAGGAGGAUGAAGUCAAGAACGAGCCUGGCGUCGAUAAUCCCGCUCCUCUCGAUGGCCCAGGAAAGGCGACGACGCUGCCUGGCGAAGCGGAGGCGAAGAAGGACACAGAUGCCGUUCAGUCCUCGAAACCGCAUCUGCAGCUCGAUGGGCUAUUGACUGCCACCGAACCAACGCGUCUGCCGUCCGGGUUGGUGGGCAAGUUGCGUCUACACAAAUCCGGCAAAGUCUCCCUCGACUGGGGCGGGACGGAUAUGGAAGUCCGGUAUGGUUCGGAGGUGGACUUCCUGCAGGACGUGGUCAUGGUGCAAAGCGAUGUCCAGAAAGAAGGUGAAGAGGACACGAAGAAAGAAGAGGACGGCGAUGGUCCAGAAGAAAUCGAACUCGGAGACAAGAAGGAGAAGUUCACAGGCAAGGCAUAUGCCUUGGGCCAGGUGCGCAAGAAGAUGGUUCUGAUCCCGGACUGGGCGAAGCUGUAUGAUUAGGAGCCAUACAGUGAGACCGACCAUGGCCCGCGGACAGAUGAUGCAGAGUGAUUGAGCUUGUGGAUGAUAUUGCUUCAUCCUCCAAGCCGACAUGUAUUCCUUGUACAUCUCAACGGCGUUGGACGAAAGGCAUGAACCAGGCGGACUUGGGCUGAUCCAUCAGUCAUUCCUGAUACUCUCAAUUCAAGACUUACGGUAUUCUCCAUAUUAUGCUCUCACGAGCUGAAACCAAGUACAUG